AUGUCUUUACGAAAUAUUACUCAAGCUUACGUAUCGAACCUUUAUACGAGAUUACAAAAGCAAAUACCUAUUACUGAUAAAAAGUUCAAUAACUUGAAAGAGCAAAAGCUUGAAAAAGCUGAUUUUAACGCUAAACUAAAAAAGACGCUUACAAUAGAAAACGAAAUGACAUUCAAUAAAAGAAUACUAAAGAAGUUCGCUAAUAGCUCGAUUCUACUUAAGCAAAAAGACCAAAAAAAAAAGCUAGAGCUAAUUACCGAAAAUAAAGACAACUACCUAAAGCAACGAGCACGUGCAGCUUAUAUUGCAAGCUUAUAUCAGCCCGAAGCUAUUUUCGACUUAUCUACCGCCGCGCAGAUUCAACAAAAAGACCUCACUUUAAACGAUAUUACCUUCUUAAACAAGAGAAUUACAUAA